CCCCUUCUCCUCCCCUCCCUCUCCCUCCUCUCUACUCUCUAGCGGCACUGCAAGGCGUGCGGAGUAGGGGGGCCCUGGAAGGUGGCGGCCUCGGAUCGAAUCUCGGUAGAUGGCGGCGGUGGGAGGGGAAGCUGGCGGCGGCGGCGGUGGGGGAGGAGGAGGCGCCGCGAAGAUGGUACCGAUGCACCGUCUCUUCGCGUUCGCGGAUCGGCUGGACGCCGCGCUGAUGGCGGUGGGCUCCGUGGCAGCCCUGGCCGAAGGCCUGGCGAUGCCCUUCCUUGCCUUCCUCGUCGGGGGCCUCGUCGACGCGUUUGGCGAUCCCGACCGCGCCAAUGUCGUGCACUCCGUCUCCAAGGUUGCUGUCAGAUUUGUAUAUCUGGCAAUAGCUUCUGGACUAGCAGGAUUUCUUCAGGUGUCAAGCUGGAUGGUGACUGGAGAAAGGCAGGCUGCACGCAUCCGUGGGAUGUACCUCGAGACUAUACUUAGACAAGAUAUAUCAUUUUUUGACAUGGAGACAUCAACUGGAGAAGUUAUUGAAAGGAUGUCUAGUGACACAGCUUUAAUUCAGGAUGCCAUUGGAGAAAAGGUGGGGAAGUUUCUCCAACUGGUGUCAACAUUUCUGGGUGGAUUCAUCAUUGCAUUUGCAAGAGGCUGGCUUCUGUCUCUUGUCAUGUUGACAAGUAUUCCUCCUGUUGUAGCUUGUGCAGCUGUCAUGGCACUUGUUCUAUCGAAGUUAUCAAACCGUUCCCAGAUGGCCUACGCUGAAGCAGGGAAAGUGGUUGAACAGACAAUAGGAUCAAUCAGAACUGUGGUAUCUUUCACCGGGGAGAGGAGAGCAAUUGACAAAUACAAAGAGUUCCUGAAAAUAUCAUACAGAUCAGCAGUCCACCAGGGUGUCGCCGUGGGUCUUGGAGUUGGUUCACUUUUGUUUAUUGUUUUCAGUAGCUACGGAUUAGCUGUAUGGUAUGGUGCAAAGCUGAUUAUUGAGAAGGGAUAUACUGGGGGUUACAUCAUUAAUGUAUUGAUGGCUCUCAUGACUGGUGCAAUGGCUCUUGGCCAGUCUUCUCCAUGCUUAACUGCUUUUGCGUCAGGACGGAUUGCGGCUCACAAAAUGUUUGCAACAAUUUAUAGAAAACCUGAGAUUGAUGCCAGUGAUAGGAGUGGCCUUAUAUUAGAGAACUUUGUUGGAAAUGUUGAGUUGAAAGAUGUCCAUUUCAGUUACCCUGCACGGCCUGAGCAAAUGAUCUUCAAUGGCUUCUCUAUUAGCAUUCCAACUGGCAAGACAGUGGCAUUAGUUGGGGAGAGCGGAAGCGGGAAGUCUACUGUAAUUAGCUUGUUAGAGAGAUUCUAUGAUCCACAAUCAGGUGAAGUUCUCUUGGAUGGUGUUAAUCUGAAGCAGCUAAACCUUAGUUGGAUACGACAGAAAAUGGGGCUUGUUAGCCAAGAGCCUAUUCUUUUCACAACCACUAUAAGAGAAAACAUAGAGUAUGGAAAAAAGGGUGCGUCAGAGGAAGAAAUCAGGAGAGCAACUGUUCUUGCCAAUGCUGCAAAGUUCAUCGACAAGUUACCAAAUGGACUGGAUACAAUGGUUGGUGAGCAUGGAACACAACUAUCCGGUGGACAAAAGCAAAGGAUUGCGAUUGCAAGAGCAAUUUUGAAGAACCCCAGCAUACUACUUCUUGAUGAAGCUACAAGCGCACUUGAUGCUGAGUCUGAACGUGUAGUUCAAGAUGCACUAAAUAAUAUCAUGGUGAACAGAACCACCAUAGUUGUAGCCCAUCGCCUGAGCACUGUGAAAAAUGCCGAUAUGAUAUCGGUACUACAUCGUGGACAGCUUGUUGAACAAGGACCACACGCUGAGUUGAUAAAAGAUUCUAGUGGAGCAUACUCUCAACUUUUACAACUUCAAGAGGUUAAUAUGAAAAGCAAGGGUGAUGACCCCAACAGGCUACAAUCAGCAUCUGAUACUGCAAAUUCCUUAAGUCUACACAGCAGCACAAAAGCAUCCUUUGAAAGAUCUAUGAGUAGAACUUCUCCACAGGGUAGAAGCAGAAUGAAUUCACAGACGAUCUCAUUGGACGAACACGAAACCAAAGAAAUUGAUGAUCCAAAGUCAGGGAAGAAUGUGCUCACACGCCUACUCUGCCUCCAUAAGCCUGAGACUCCAAUUCUUCUGUUAGGAUGCACUGCUGCCGCAGCCAAUGGCUCUAUACUUCCUGUGUUUGGCAUGUUGCUUUCCAGUGCUAUCAACACAUUCUACGAACCGCCAGAAAAACUGCGAAAAGAUUCAGUGUUCUGGGCAGAGAUGUAUGUGACUUUGGGUGUGAUCUCCAUCCUUGUCAUCCCAUUGCAAUACUCUUUGUUCAACAUGGCAGGUGGUAAACUUAUUGAGCGCAUACGUGCCGUAUCAUUUGGUCGGAUUGUUUACCAGGAAAUAGGAUGGUUUGAUGACCCUCUGAACAGCAGUGGUGCAAUAGGCUCUAGGCUAUCAGGUGAUGCAGCGUCUAUCAAAACCAUUGCUGGGGAUGUCUUGUCAUUGAUAGUGCAAAGCAUAAGCACUGCUGUUGUUGGUAUCAUCAUAGCCAUGAUCGCAAACUGGAAAUUAGCAUUCAUAGUAUUGUGCUUCCUUCCUUGUGUGAUUGCUCAGAGUUAUGCUCAAACAAAAUUAAUGAGAGGUUUUGGCGCCGAUUCCAAGGUCGGUGGUCUAUUUGUUCCUUUUCAUGGCAAUCACUUCAUUGACGAAGUGUAUGAACAGGCGAGCACAAUUGCCAGUGAUGCCAUCGGUAACAUCAGAACUGUCGCUUCAUUUUGCGCAGAAGAGAACAUAAUCAAAAGCUAUCGCAAGAAAUGUGAAGCGCCUGUGAAGAAAGGAGUUCGCCAAGGGGCUAUCAGUGGUGUGGGCUAUGGAUUCUCAUUCGCGUUGCUCUUCUGUUUUUAUGCUCUAUCAUUUUACGUCGGAGCUCGCUUUGUACACAAUGGGACAGCUGAAGUUGGGCAAGUGUUCAAGGUCUUCUUUGCUUUAACCAUGAUGGCUGUUGGAGUUUCACAGUCGAGUUCCCUUGCUCGGGAUUUUAGCAAGGUGCAAGAUGCAGCCGUCUCCAUUUUCAGGAUUAUCGAUAGGAAAUCAAAGAUUGAUGCAAGCUCUGAGGUGGGAACGACCCUAGGGAUGGUGCAAGGGAAUAUAGAGUUGCAGCACGUUAGCUUCAAAUACCCUGCUCGGACUGACGUGCAAAUCUUCACAGAUUUGUGCUUGAGGAUACCAUCUGGAAAGACUGUUGCUCUUGUCGGCGAAAGCGGAAGUGGGAAAUCGACGGUUAUAGCCUUGUUAGAGAGGUUCUACGAUCCUGACUCUGGCGCCAUCUUCCUAGAUGGGGUGAAUCUGCAGACCCUCAAACUUAGCUGGCUGAGGCAGCAGAUUGGUCUGGUAGGCCAAGAGCCUGUCCUCUUCAACGACACAAUCAGAGCAAACAUCGCCUAUGGCAACGAGGAGCAGGUCACCGAGGAAGAGAUCAUUGCUGUUGCCGAGGCAGCAAACGCCCACCGGUUCAUCUCCUCCCUCCCACACGGGUACGACACAAGUGUGGGCGAGCGGGGCGUGCAGCUAUCAGGCGGGCAGAAGCAGCGGAUAGCCAUCGCGAGGGCGAUCCUCAAGAACCCCAAGCUGCUGCUCCUGGACGAGGCGACCAGUGCGCUGGAUGCGGAGUCGGAGCGUGUCGUGCAGGAGGCUCUGGACAGGGUCACCAUCGGGAGGACGACCGUGGUUGUGGCUCACCGGCUUUUGACCAUCACCGCUGCCCACAAGAUCUCAGUCAUCAAGAACGGCGUAGUCGCAGAGGAAGGCCGGCACGAGCAGCUCCUGCGCCUGCCUGGUGGAGCCUAUGCCUCCCUUGUUGCCUUGCAGUCUAGCAGCAGUUCCUGAAGUGAAUACACGCACGACGGACCGCUGCUGUUUGCUUCUUCUUAUUUGUAGGGAAAGCGCUAGUGUUGCUUCGUGCUUAGUUAGGUCGGAUGAUGAGUGGUUGUUGCCAAUUUCAGUUAGUUUUUCUUCUUCAGUGCAUCAAAAGGAGCGCGCUGUUUUUCAAAAGGAAAAUGAUCACACUGUUAACGUAGCAACAGGAGUGCAGGACAAACUUCCACUAAAGGCCUUGUUCCCUAUGCUUUUCUCUUCGGCA